AGUGUGAAAUAAAGUAAAAGUGAAGGCGUAGUUUGAAGGCAAUGAGAUUUGUUUUCAUCAAUAAUUGAUUACAUUUUGUUACUAAAAUAAUUAAAUAACACGUCGAAAGAAUUCUUGUAAUUAUCUACUCAAGAACAAGAGCUAAAAUAAUGUCUGAUACAAAGGAAACGGCACCUGGUGAGCCUGUAAAGCCGAGAAUAAAACACGACUGGUAUCAGACUGACGCUCAGGUCGUCGUCACCAUCUUGUUGAAGAAUGCGCCGGUUGAUAAAGUCAAGGUGCAUUAUGGGGAGAGAAACCUUUCUGUAACUAGUGCUAUGCCUGGAACUGAUGCGGAGUACAGUCUAGAGAUAGAACUGGCUCAUGAGGUUGUACCGUCUAUGUGUUCCUAUACUGUGACGCCGUCUAAGAUCGAAGUCAAGUUGCGCAAGAAAGAGGGGCUGAGAUGGACCCUUUUGGAGGGGGAGGGCAAGGAAGAGCAGGUCAAGGCUAUACCUCAAGCGGUGCUCGACGCAUCAGGUCCGGUACAGCAGCAGCCGCCCAAACUGUUCAGAAAGGACUGGGACAAGAUUGAAAAGGACAUCAAGAAGAUGGAAGAAGAGGAAAAGCCGGAAGGGGACGCUGCCCUGAACGCUCUCUUCCAGAAGAUAUACGGAGAAGGCAGCGACGAGGUGCGCCGCGCUAUGAACAAGAGUUUUGUGGAAUCGGGCGGCACAGUUUUGAGCACCAAUUGGAACCAAGUGGCCAAGGAGAAGGUGGAUGUGAAGCCACCAGAUGGACUUGAGUUCAAAAAAUGGGAGAACUAAAGAAACGAAUUCAUGUCCUGAUAAUGCAUUUUGUCAUGGAUAGUUACACCACUAAUAGUAGAUCGCAUAUAACUCUUAUGGAUGGAUAAGAUACCUUAUUUGUUGUUAAUAGGGUUCAUAAUGAUUUGUCUUCUAAAAUAUGUAGAUUUUAUGGCAUAAUUAAUUUACACAUAAGUUUUAUUCUCAAUAUACUCAAAAUGUGUUUAGUUUUAUUUUGAGGAUAAGACUGUACGCUAUGAAUUAAAAUAAAUAUUUGAAAAUUAAAA